UUAUUCGAUCCGCAUCUUUAAUACGUGUGUUAGUCAUUCCUGUCAAUGUGUUGGAUUCCUUUCACAAGAUCGAAGAAGGCAUCACUCGUUAAACCAGCACAAAAUGAUUUGGCCUCUUCUCAUAAGGUCGAGAAAAAUAUAAAGACUGUUUAGUUGUUCCGUUGCCUCGGAUCGAUGAAUAUGUUAUUCCGGAUUUAAAGCGAAGACGAUCGAAAAAAGUUAUAUUCUCGAAAAUUUAAUAUUAAGACUAAAUUUAGAAAAGUGUUAAAGGACAAUGUCGGGAUUAUUACUUUUCACGUAUAUCAGUUUCUCUAUCAUUUUCGUAGUACGGUCACAUCCAUUGGAACAGAACAUUUCAGAUAACACGAUUUUAACAUCGUUAAAUCAUCCAAGGGAUAACGAAACGGAAUUGUAUUGUCCAUGCUUGAGAAACAUAACAUCCGCGACAGAAAUUAACAACAACCCGAUCUAUCUUCCGAUAAUUCACGGUACGAUUUGGAAAUGCAAUUUUGUUGGGAAUAAACUUAUGCGAGACGAUUAUCAUUAUUCUCCUGGAAUUGGUUCACACAAAUUACAUACGAGAGCAAAGACUUGGAACGAGGCGAGAAAAAUCUGCAUUGAGGAGGGUGGUCACUUGGCUAUUAUCAAUUCCAUUGCUGAAGCUAAUAUACUUUUGAAUUUAUUUAACCGAUCCGGUCCUAUCAAGGGUGCCGCUUAUAACAAUCUAAGCUUGUUGGGAAUUCAUGAUCUCUAUACUGAAGAUGACUGGGUAACAAUACAAGGUGAUUCCUUGGCAAAAAGUGGUUACAAUGCCUGGACUGACAGAUGGGGAGGUCAACCUGAUAAUAGAAAUGGUGUACAAAAUUGUGGAGCUCUGUUAGAAGAUGGUAAACUCGAUGACGUAGCCUGCAACCUUCCUUUAGCUUUUUUUUGUGAAAUUCCUGACAUAUGAUCGGUAUCUUAUAUUAAUUAAGAAUAACCUAAAUUAAUUAGCGCUCUUAUUUUAUUCUUCUUGAAUAUUAUGUUUGUAUUUGUGAAAAAAUAAUACAUAUAUCUUAUCAUCUAA